AUGUUAGAGAGUGGUAGUGAUCGUGAUUCUGGGAUGAGUUUAGAAACAGUUAAUUCCAAUACACAGAGAACUUCUUUAAGCAGCGCCACUGAAAGCAUUUGCAGUACAAGUUUCAGCCGUCUCUCUUUCGAACUCCUUCCGUCAUGCUCACCGGAGAGUCUCUCCAUCAAACCUCACCGUUCCUCAGAUUUCGCCUACUCCGCCAUCCGCAAAUCCGGUCUCACCUUCCGUGAUUUCCACCUUCUCCGCCGUAUAGGCUCCGGUGACAUAGGGACUGUAUAUCUCUGUCGUUUACGUGACUCCUCCGUAAACUAUAUCAACGACGAGGACAGUUCGUUCUACUACGCCAUGAAGGUUGUUGACAAAGACGCUGUUGCUCUCAAGAAAAAGUCACACAGAGCAGAAAUGGAGAGAAAGAUUCUCAAGAUGCUUGAUCAUCCUUUUCUCCCUAGUCUCUACGCGGAGUUCGAAGCUUCUAAUUUCUCUUGCAUUGUAAUGGAGUUUUGCUCCGGCGGAGACUUGCAUUCUCUCCGUCACCGUCACCCUCGUAACCGUUUCUCUCUCUCCUCAGCACGGUUUUACGCGGCUGAGGUACUUGUAGCAUUGGAGUAUCUGCACAUGCUAGGAAUAAUCUACAGAGAUCUAAAACCGGAAAACGUGUUAGUCAGAUCAGACGGUCACAUCAUGCUCUCGGAUUUCGAUCUAUCUCUUUGCUCCCACGCAAUCCCAGCCGUUGAGUUAUCUCCAGACGAUCCACCGGAUGUAUCCUGCACCCGUCCGCAUUCCAUUUCUUCUCCUUUUAAGUGCCUCUCGAAGCGGCUUUUCCGGUCCAGAAAGGUUCAAACAUUCCAAUCGAACCGGCUCUUCGUUGCUGAACCGGUUGAAGCACGGUCUUGUUCGUUCGUUGGGACACACGAGUACGUUUCACCGGAAGUAGCUUCUGGAAACUCUCACGGUAACGCUGUGGAUUGGUGGUCGUUUGGGAUAUUCAUCUACGAGAUGGUGUACGGAAGAACGCCGUUUGCGGGUCCAUCGAAUGAAGCAACUUUGCGCAACAUUAUAAAAAAGCCUCUUAGUUUUCCUACUGUUACGCCUUCCAGUACGCUUGAAAUGCACGCGCGGGAUCUUGUUUCGGGUUUGCUUAAUAAAGACCCGAGCCGUAGACUUGGGUCGAAGCGGGGCGCUGCUGACGUUAAGAUGCAUCCGUUUUUUGUUGGGCUUAACUUGGCGUUGAUACGGAUGGUAACGCCGCCGGAAGUUCCUGGUUUGAGAAGGUACAAAACGACGCCUUUUGUCUCCGGGAAAGAUUGUAACGGUAACAGAAGUUCCAGUAGACAGCACCCUGCUUCGUCGUUUGAUUACUUUUAA